UCUUCUUCUUCUUCUUCUUCCUCGUAUCCAGUGAAGACGCCGAAAACUCUCUUGCACGAGUGGUGCCAGAAGAACAAGAGACCAGCUCCAAAGUUCAUGCAUGUUCAAAAUGAAGGGAGCUUUCACUGCCGAGUGAUCUUACCAGAUGCUAAGAAGAGUGAACUGGAUGUUAUUCUUUGGUGCCGAGCUGAUAGUCCAAGCUCACAGGAAUCACACCACCGAGCAGCGGUAAUGGCUUUGCAUCACGUAAUGGGAAACCGCAGAUUGGAUCGAAUACUUCCCGAGGAGUAUCGACAGCAGUGGCAUAAUCUCGACGCUGCUGCCGCAGAGCGUGAAGCAAAGCUCAAAAUGAAGCUGGAGAAGCCGAAAAGGGUUGCCUAUCCUCCCAGAGAGCUUCAGUCGGUUUUUAUGAGCGAGGGGAACAGAAAACUGGUGGAAGAGGUGAUAACAGACAGCACUGGCAGUGUAGAGGAAGCUCCCGACUUUGAGGAUCAAGCUCAAGCGCUGUCCUCAUUAGUAGAGAUGGGUUUCAAGGAAGAACACAUCGAGUCGGCUCUAGAACAGGCGAACAACAUUUCUUCUGCACUCGACUGGCUCAUGCUAAACGUCGAUGAAGGUGAUCUCCCGGCUCGGUUUGCUCCUCAAGCGUCCAAGGCCGCCGUUCGUGUAGUACAACGAGCAGUCGAGUUUGAUCCAACUCAGAACGCUAUCGCUUUAGAACUUGCUCAGUACGGGUACUCCUAUGAGCAGUGUGUAGCAGCAUUCCAGGAGACCGGAAGUUUCGAUCUAGCCAUCUCCAAGCUUUUCCAUAUUGCGGUACAAGGGACGAAGACACUUCAAGCUACGGUUUCCUGGUCGGACCUUUCAGCUAUGAGGGAGGAAGAACUGGUAGCAAUCGGCGCCAUAUAUCCCACGGCUGUUCUUUCGAACGAGCUCUUAAAGUUCGACGUGGAGCUUCCACCACAGUCCGGGAAAAGAUUGGAGAUGGAGGUUAGAAUCUCAACUGAUAGCUCCUAUCCUUUUGAAAUUCCAGUUCUAGGAUUCCGAUGCAAGGAUUUGGAUGCCUCGUACUUACAAGCCGUGACGAAGAAGGUGGCUAACCGUGCUUUGGAAUUACUUGGCAUACCGAUGAUCUACGAUCUGGUUUGUUAUGCAGCCGAGGUAUCUUUGCAACUUCUUUCAGAGCCAGUAAAGGUUGAUGAUCGAGGAGGAGAUGUAAAACGUCAUACCUCUGCAGACAGUAAAGCUCAUGUGGUCGCUGGGAAGCAAAGAAGCAGCCGGCAGUGGGAUGAAAUAGAUUGUGCCGCUGAAAGCACAAGGCUCAAGGAUGACUGGGAAAGACUCCAGACGUCACGACAAUACGCAGACAUCAUGACAUCAAGAAGAAGUUUACCGGUUUUCAAGCGAAAAUCUGAAAUACUUGCAGGGAUAAGCUGCAACCCAGUGACUAUUAUCUGUGGAGAAACCGGCUGUGGAAAAAGUACACAGAUUCCUCAAUACGUUCUCGAAAAAGAGAUUGAAAUGGGGAAUGGAGGAAGCUGUAACAUUAUGUGCACCCAACCCCGAAGAAUUUCUGCUCUUGGUCUGGCUGCUCGUGUUGCCAUGGAACGCAAUGAAGUCGUUGGAAGAGUGGUUGGCUACUCCGUGCGUCUGGAUAGCUGCUGCUCUAAAUUCACGAGACUGCUGUUUUGCACAACGGGAAUUCUGUUGAGGAGGAUGCUGUCUGAUCCAGAGCUAGAAGGCGUUACCCAUGUUAUUGUAGAUGAAGUGCACGAGAGGACUCUUGAAAGUGAUCUUCUUUUAUUACUUCUCAGAGAGCAUAUACAGAGGACAAGAGGCAAAAUCCGUGUUAUCUUGAUGUCGGCAACAGCAGAAACAAGCUUAUUUGCUGAUUAUUUCCAACAAGGCUUGGGUCUUCGCCCCGAACUUCUUCGAGUACAAGGCUUUACAUUCCCAGUUCGAGAAUUACAUCUGGACGACGUCCUAGAGCUGACAGGAUAUAAAGUAACAAAAAACUCUCGAUUUGCGACGAAUAAAAAGGCCAAGAGCGAAGUCAUGACAACAUCUGCCUCGAACAGUUUUGACAGUUGGGAAUCCAGGGUAGUCGAAAACUCUGAAACAAAUAUGGAAUACAGUGAAGCUACUAUGCGGAGCCUGGACACGGUUGAUGAGAGCGUAAUCAAUUACGAACUUAUCGAGCUAUUGCUGUCCACCGUCUUUUCACUUGAACGUGAAGUUUCAGAUAUUUAUGGACCUCUGAUAGCGGUGGAUGAUACUAGCAACUGGAAAGCAGAAGCUGGAUCCGUGCUGGUUUUCCUUCCUGGAAUGAUGGAAAUCAGCAAACUUCAGGCCAGGCUUCAAAAUUCCAAGCAACUAUCAGCAUAUGGUGUUGAAAGAAAGUGGGUCCUGGCAUUGCAUGGCUCGCUCUCGAGUGAACAACAGAAGCGAGUUUUUGUGAGGCCUCCGCGGGGUGUGAGAAAAGUAGUCCUGGCAACGAAUGUUGCUGAAACUAGCAUCACCAUUGACGACAUAUUGUAUGUGAUCGAUACAGGACGUCACAAGGAAAUGAGCUAUGAUCAUUCGAAAGGCUUGUCGUGCUUGCAGGAGACCUGGGUCUCAAAAGCAAGUUGCAAGCAGCGGGCUGGUCGAGCUGGCCGUGUUCAGCCUGGCUGCUGUCUUAGGCUCUACAGCAAGAAGCAGUUCAAAGCUUUCGAUGAUCACCAGCUUCCAGAGAUACAAAGAGUCUCCCUUGAAGGACUAUGUCUUAAGGUCAAGUCUCUUCUUCAAUCAAAAGUACAAUCAACUCUAUCUAAAAUGCCCACGCCUCCCGACCCGGACGCUGUUAUUGCAGCAGUUCAGUCACUAAAGGACAUCAACGCGUUUGAUGCGGAGAACGAGACUUUGACACCCCUCGGCAGACAUCUUACACAGAUGCCCGUGGAUGCUCGCGUCGGGAAAAUGCUCGUCUUCGGCUGCAUGCUCAAGUGCCUCGAUCCGGUCCUCACCAUAGCUGCCAGCAUGAGCGGACGCCCGGUCUUCUUCUCCCCGCAGGACAACAGGGAGGAGGCGAGACUAGCAAAGCUGAGAUUGUCCGGGACCAGCAAGAGCGACCACAUAGCUCUCGUUGCUGCUUACAACGGAUGGAUCACCGCGAGACGAGACGGAUGGGAAGCCGAAAAGGACUACUGCGCCUCCAACUUCUUGUCACGGGAAGCUCUAGCCAGCAUAGAAGCCAGCCGCGAAGACUACCUCAACGUACUCAGAGAGCUUGGAUUCGUACCCGGUGAUAUAUCCAGCCUCGAGGGAAGCUCCAACAGCGUCAGAGUUAUCAAGGCAGUCGUCUGUGCCGGCUUCUAUCCAAAAAUCGCGAGAGUUCGCCACCCCGAGAAGACUUACGUUCAGACCGAGGGUGGAACCGUGCCAAAGCUAGCGGCAGCUCACGAGGUCCAGUACUUCACAAGGCUCGACGGCAGGGUGUUUCUCCAUCCGGCCAGCGUUAACUUCUCGGCGGGGCACUUCGAGAGCCCCUGGCUGGUAGUGACGGACAUGGUGAAGACGUCCAAGGUGUAUGCGAGGGAGACGUCCAUGGUUCCGGCUUACAGCCUUCUCAUCUUCGGAGGGAGCAUCAGCGUUCGUCACGAGAGGCAGAUGAUCGUGGUGGAUGGCUGGCUGGAGUUUGAGGCCCCGGCUCGGAUCGCCGUGCUCAUCAAGGAGCUCCGGAAGAGAGUGGACGCGCUGCUGCUUGCAAAGACUGGAAAUCCUGGCCUAGACAUCUCCAGCAGCGCGGUUGUGGCGGCUCUUCUAAGGCUACUGGAGACCGAUGGCUUCUAGUCUGGUGAGAAAAAGCUCGUUCGUUACUUAUAUAGCUGAUAUGGUUUGCUUAUGAGCUUUGGCUGCUCGGAUCCCAAUGGAACUCCCCGGUAGAUUUUGAAACCAUUUCCGCGCACGUAAGUAGAACCAGGCUUGAUACGAAAUGUUUGAUGUGUUGCAGCUGACUUUGAAACAUCUUCCGGCACAGAGGAUGAACAGCAAACCGUUUGUGAGAUCGACAUUUUUCCUGCAAGGACGUGGUCCCCAGGUCCCCUGUUGAAUGCGUAGCAGCACACUCGGAGCUUAAAAUGCAGCCGGUGGUCGUUUCUGCCACCCGUAGGCACGAACUUUCUAGACUCCAGACCAGUGUAAAAUGUAGAAUCAAGGGAAGGAGAGUCACAGCUUGUGUCUCAGCCAAAUUUAUAUGUC